AUUGUUGUGUUUUAAAGAAUUUGUAGUGUUGCAUACAAUUUGUUGUUUUGUGUUAAUUAAUUAAUUAUGGAUGAUCAAAACGAUGACGAUUCCCUUUUACAAGUGCUUCUGAAAAGCUUUAAUUUAGAGGAGGCAUAUCAAUACCUAAAAGCUGCUAAGGUAACGUACAAAAGCUUGCCAUAUAUUCAAAAAGAAGAAAUAAAAGAAGCCAUACCACCUCUUGACCUCCGAAUUGAAUUUCGGGAGAAGCUCUUUAAAUGGAAAAAACAGCAGUUCGAAAUUGAUGACGAAACGAUUUCAGUCAAUUCGAAGGUCGACAAUUGGAUGUCUGAUGAAGGUUUCAGUGGCAAAAGAGUUUUAAAUAAGUGUUUGAUAGAUAUUUUAAAAGAAACGGCAGGCGGAAGGGCGAUAUUAGAAUACAGAACGAAAAAGCUAACUAUCGAUCAAAGGGAUUUCCUUAUAAAAAUAAUAGUUGAAGAAGUUAUGUGCAGCCAGAUUAUAAUAAGAGUUGCAGAUUUUCCGUUAUUGGUAAAUGAAAUAGUCUCGAUAUUUCCAUCAGAAAAAGAAAUUCAGGGUUAUUAUUUUAUUUCAAGAGGCUGUAAAGGCAGUCCAAGUGGAAAGUUAUACUUUAAGUAUAAAAACUGUCGCCGUAAACGUGGAAUAUUUGAUUCCUCUGUGUCCAGUCAAGACGAAGCAGAAAACACAUCAGAGCAUAUAGAUGAAGAGAUAGAUGAAUCUGUUGCUACAGCUUUUAAAACAUCUUUAAAUAAAGAUUCAUCAGAUUGGGCAGAUGUUUGUGAGAAAUGGAAAAGAACAUAUAAAAUACGUCGCCGGGAAUUACAGAAUCUAAAUAACAUCGACUUUCUACAAUCAUGGCCCAAACUAUGCCAUGCGAAAGCUUCCGAUUUGGUAAUUUUUUUUUAUUUUUUAAUUAUGAUUUACUUAUAUUUUUGAUUUAACUUUUAAAGAAACAAUUUCUUUUGUAUGUUUACUAAUUUAUUUUUCAACAAUAUUUAUUCAUAAAAAAUUCCUUUUAAUUAAGGCCCGUAUUUAGAAAGAAGAACACAAAACAGUAUUUGAAUUUUUUUUUUGAAAAAUUCAAAAUAUUAACAAUUG